AUGGCAGGUCGCGGAAGAGGUGGACGUGCGGCUUUUCCUGAAAUCCGUCAUCAGUUGAGAAGACCGAAAGAUGAGGUUCCCGCGCCGAACGAGAGCCACCCAGAAGUAGGCGACACCAAAAAGGAACAAGUACAGCCCCCGCUUUCUACGGAAAAUGAUGAAAUCAAAAAGCUCUGUCAGCACUUCAAGUACCUGCAAGCCUCCGACACCAUUUUUACCAAGCACCUGACCUCGCUGCGUGGUCAGAUCAAGACAGACGAGGAUGCUGACCAUGCUGCCGAAUGCAUCUAUGAUCUCGGUCAGCUGGGCCCAGAUCAGGCUGAGGUGGCCAGCGUGAUUGCGGUGCAGUUGGCGGAUUUGGAAGUUGGAAGCUCCAAGCUGAGGUCCAAGAUCCUGUCACGAAUGCAGACAGACUUUGAAGGAUUUGAAGAGAAGGCCAAAUCGUCUCCGAACAGUGUCCUGUGCAGUACCAUAUUCCUGUGCGAGUUCUACAGCCGCUACCUGAUCAACGGACUUCCCUUGAAGCCUCUUCGGGUGCCAGUCUGGAAGUGCCUCGAGUAUAUGCUGCAAAGCCGGGAGCAGUAUUUCACAAAGCACUGCCUGAGAUUGAUCAGAGCCAAGGGAGCCUUUCUGAUGAAGCACAACCCUGACGAAGUUGAGUCAUUCCUCGCUCACCUGCGGGACCUCAUCUUGGAAGGGGCUGUGGAGAAAACAACACGAUCCUUAGCCCUUGAGACACUUGAAUUCAUCUUGAGGGACCUGAUGCCUCUCAAGACAAAGAACUCCCCACCCCCCUUAUGAGUCCUCUCAAGUAAAUUCUGCUAAAUCAUUUUAAGAAG